CCCUGUGCCCCGCAGAUAAACGUCUACAAGUCAGCUACAAGGAAGCAAAGCACCAAAAUCAGCAGCCAGCAGCAGGGAGAGGCGUCCACAUUUGUUUGGUUUUAGACUCUUAAUUGGUUGUCAGGUUUAUUUUAGUCGAACAACAGGUUGGAAGCAUAAAAUUAAUAAAUAACCGUGGUCAAAAUGAGCUCCGAGGUUUUCUCAUAUGAGAGUUUGGUUCACGCUGUAUCAGGAGCUGUGGGAAGUGUGACAGCCAUGACAGUAUUCUUCCCUCUGGACACUGCCAGACUCAGGCUUCAAGUGGAUGAGAAGAGGAAGGCCAAAUCAACUCCAGCCGUUCUAGCAGAAAUUGUCAAAGAGGAAGGACUACUAGCUCCAUACAGAGGUUGGUUCCCGGUCAUCUGCAGCCUAUGCUGCUCCAACUUUGUCUACUUCUACUGCUUUCACAGCCUGAAGGCUAGGUGGCUGAAGGGACAUCAGUCAGCACCGAGCACUGACUUAAUCAUAGGCAUUGCUGCAGGUGUUAUAAACGUACUUGUCACGACUCCUUUGUGGGUGGUCAACACCAGGCUGAAGCUUCAGGGCUCCAAGUUCCGCAAUGCAGACAUACACCCCACCAACUACUCUGGCAUUUUGGAUGCAUUUGCGCAGAUCAUCCGUGACGAGGGUGUGGGAGCACUGUGGAACGGCACCUUCCCUUCCCUGCUGUUGGUGCUGAACCCUGCCAUCCAGUUCAUGAUUUAUGAAGGUCUGAAAAGGCAGCUGAGGAGAGGAAUUCCCAGGGAGCUGUCAUCUCUGGAGGUCUUCAUGAUCGGCGCUGUUUCCAAAGCUGUCGCCACCACCAUCACAUACCCACUGCAGACUAUACAAUCCAUACUUAGGUUUGGUCAGUUCAACGAGUCAACGGAAAGGUCAAAACUACUGUCCAGUCUAAGGACAAUCAAGUGUCUGCUGGUCAAUAGAGUGAGGAAGUAUGGUAUGUUGGGUCUUUUUAAAGGCCUGGAGGCCAAGCUGCUGCAGACGGUGCUGACUGCUGCCCUCAUGUUCCUUCUCUAUGAGAAGAUUGCCAGCUGCACCUUCAAAGUCAUGGGACUGAACAACAGCCACUACAAGAAUCGCUAGCUAGCAAGACAUUUCACAACCACGGAUGUUUGACCAUAUGAAGGCACUGAGAAACUUCCCUGGAAACCUGUCACUUUCAUGGAAAUGUAAAUAUUUAACAGUGACCUCAUCCUGUAAAUACUUCAACCAAUAAAGCACUUAUCUCUGUGA